AGGGGGCUGUCUGUCUGUCUGACUGCACAGAGGAGACGCCUCUAAACACUCAACUUAUACAGAGCUGUUACACGUCUACCGCUCGCGCAAACGCUGAUUUCGACAGCGAAGUCCUUCCUCACACCAGCCGCUCCGCGAGAGAAGAAACUCACAAGCCUCUUCCGUCUCAGCUCGGGACUCUUUAACGCGGAUAAACGAUGACUUCCCGCGCGCGAUUCCCACUCACAACCCCAGAGACUUUCUCGCCCGUGCUUACAGGGCGUGUUUGUUUAAUCUGAUACGGAGAAAGAUGCUUAAAUCCUCUCCUGCAUGCCUGGAAUCUUCUGCUGGGAACAGAAAGUGGGCGUUUUUCGCCACACCGACGCGCUGGAGGAUUCGCGCGAGUGCCGCAACUUGCAGUUUCAAGAGAGGCAACAUGCAGUGAGUCUGGAUUCAUAAGAUCGCACUGAUUCUGAGGUUACUGAGCGAGACACACAGGUCGAGAUGGCACAGGAGAAUGUGUAUGAUAACCGCAGUAUAGUGGAGAAGUACAUCCACCAUAAGCUCUGGAAGAAGGGGUACGUGUGGGAAGUGAACGGACACGAUGACCGCGUCUCGAAUGGACUGAUGAUGGGGAGGCAGGAGGACCGCGGCGGCACCCGUCACGACCCGUGCAGCGCGCUUCAUAAGGUGCUGCGGGAGGCCGGGGACGAGCUGGAGCGGCUUUAUCAGUCGGACUUUGCGGAGAUGUCCAAACAGCUGCAUCUCACGUCCAUCACGGCGCAGCAGCGCUUUACCGCGGUCAUAGACGAGCUGUUCAGGGACGGCGUGAACUGGGGCAGAAUCAUCGCUUUUUUCGAGUUUGGAGGGACCGUUUGUGUCGAAUGCGUGAAUAAGGAGAUGACGGCGCAUGUGGAUAACAUCGCGGGCUGGAUGACCGAGUAUCUGAAUGGGCCGCUGCACGCCUGGAUCCAGGAGAACGGCGGCUGGGAGGCGUUUGUGGAGCUCUACGGCAGGCAGAGGGACUCGGUGUUUCGCAGCUCGUGGUCAUCAAUAGUAACGGUCUUCGGUCUAGCCGCUCUCGGGGCUGUUGGCUUGACCAUAGGAGCCUACCUUGCUCAGAAAUGAGGAGCCUUCCCCUUCUUCAGUCGCUUGCCCUCUCUCUCCAUCUGAACCCCCUCCUCCGCUUUCCCCAGAAGACAGUCGUGUCCCAGGACAGCUCCUCUUCAAAGCUUCGCUCCCACUCUCUACAAGGCUUUCUUCUCUGCCCUCAAACACAAAGACAGAAAAGACAGGAAAUGAAUGUGCUGCCGACAGAUCAUGAGAGGAUGGAAGAGACACAAGUAGCAGUGCCACUGGCAAAAACACUUUUGGUGUUCUUAUACGUAAAAAUACAAAGGUCGAGACACAUCUGGAGGUUUUGAAGGUCUGUGCUGAUUGAAAGUAUCUUCUGACGACACCAGCACUCUCCAAAUGUCCUUUAAGAGUCGGGUUGAGCUUAAGAGACAAUCUGCACUCAACUACCAUCGUUGCUCUUCAUUUUUUUUGUAGGAUUAAUUGUAGCCCGUCUUUUACCCAUUGCUUGUUCACGCUAAUGUUUCUUGUGCCGCCAUCCUUGUAUCAUUUUGUAAGAAAGAACCUGAAGAACUGUGAGGAGGAAAAGAGAGAAGUGCAGAGACAAUGUCCCUCAAGCCACCUGAUUUUGAUGAAAUUGGUGAAAUGACAGAGGGGUGAGAGAUACAGUAUGCAGUGGUGUGAUGCCAGUCUCUCUUGUAGCAAUUUAAAGAGCUUUAUUAAAGACUGAAGAAGGGUUUCCUUGAAGUGAUUUGGGUCAGAAGGUAAUCAGAAAGGACCGACUGGGAAAGAAGUUGUCAGACUUUAAGAGAGCCUUGGUUAGACACUUUAUUAACAUGUUUGACAGAUGCAUGUGAGCCGGUCAAAAGACCUCAAGCUGUUAAGUAUGUUCAGAGAUGACGCUUUUUUCAUCUUUAAUACUCCAGCUACACAUCUGUUCACUCUAGUGUUCAUUCAUAUACCAAAAGAAGCAGUUGGGUUGAUCUCAAAUCUGUCAUGAGCACGUCAAGGUAAAAUGUCAUCUCAAAAUCAGAAGGAAGAUAUAUUAAUAUAUACACUACCGUUCAAAAGUUUGAGGUCAGUAAGAUUUUUUUUUUUUUUUUUUUUUUAAAGAAAUUAAUACUUUUUAUUCAGCAAGGAUGCAUUGAAUUGGUCAAACGUGACCGUAAAGGCUUUUAUGUUGCAAAAUCCUAUUUCAAAACCAAUGCUGUUCUUUUGAAUCCUGAAAAAAAUGUAUAUGUGAAACAGCAUAAUUGUUUUCAUUGCUAAUAAAUGUUUCUUGAGUGAA